GUAGCUUUAAUGGGCUUAGCUGGCCCAAAAAACGACAGGCAACGAGACGUUUUAUUAAUGUAGCUUCUUCUGUUGUUGCUUUCGCUCUUUCGCUUCCAUACCUUUCUGCCACCCAGAAACUGCAAGAAACUAACCUUAAUGGCAGGUGUUCCUCCCUUCGUGCCUAUGAUUCCUUUUGUGGUUUUCAUAUUUCCACCUUCUCCUCCAAUCCAAGUUCCCACGAUUGCUCUUAUUUAUUGAUAACCGCUGAAAACUUCCAAUCUUUCGAAAUAGAGAACUACCAUGUUGACCAACAAAUGCUUCUUACUGUUUUUUCCUGAACAACGCCAGCAUUCAAGUGCCUUCUCCCGCGAAGGAAUCGCCGGUGCUUACCAUUCAAUUGGCCAGUUCUAACAAGAUCUUCGGGCAGUGAAACACUGCUUUCCCCACGAGAGCGGUGGUCUUUCUUGGUAUGCGACUCUAUUUUGCCCGGAAACCCAGAUUUGAAAGGGCGUCCAAACGUGUACCAAGCGUGGUCUGAGUUCAAGAACAAGUUCCGGUAGAGAGUCUCGGUCCAUGUGGUGAACUACUCGUAUGUCGAAAACCUUGCAAUCAUACCUUGUUUUACCAAUACCAGACUGUCAGGAGGGCUUUCCUUACCGAAGCUGAUGAGCAGAAUGAAGUUGUGGGUCGGUUCAAGUCAAGUUUUGCAAUAGGAUCCACCAGCCUUUCACAUGUUUGAGCAUAUUUAGUUGGAAACUAUGUUUGUAACAAAAUCAAUACAUUCAAGGUGAUGAUACUUUGUUUACAAUUACACAGUUAAUGAUUGAUUCAUUAAUUAAUAUGUGGUUGUAAAUGUAUUAAAUGCCAAUGAUUUUAUUAACGUGCAAAACUUGAUUUUUUGUUUCCCUACUGAAAUCUCAACUGUUGAUGACUUGAUAUUGAUUAAUUGGAGAAUUGAAAAUGAUUUCAGUUUGCUGAAGCUGCCUUUGAGGUAUUUUUUCUAAAUUUUUGUUGCUCCAUUCUUAAUUUGUUGAAAUUGGGAUGAUUAUUGAGAAAUCAUGAGUCGGUGCUUUGUAUGCUGGAACUAUAAGAAUUGAAUUUUGUUUUGCGGCUAAGGUUUUUUGAGAAUAUAAACUCUAAUUUUUCAGUAAAAUUUUGUUUUUCUAUUCCUAAUUUACGAAAUUUGAGGUGUUUAAUGAUAACAAAUUUGCUCAUAGGUUCAUCAGGUGUGUUUAGUUAUGCUCUGUCGUGUGAUAGACUUUACUGGAUGGAGAGCAAGUAUUUUAUGAGAGUGGUCCAUAAAUGACAUAUGUGCUGUUUUACAUCUUCAUUUGCAAUCACUUAUUUUAUAUUUCCUUAUCCUAUUUAAACAGUUGCAAUUAUGUAUCCUAGAGGAGGAAUGGUGCAUUGGUAAAAAACAGGAGUCAUUUAAUAAAUAGGAUACAGAUAU